GUGGCCACUCCAUAAAAUGUCGCAUAUAAGUGAAAAAAAACGUGUAAAUUAAACAUUUAUUUGGAUUUUGGACCCCACGUUAUUUAAAAAACGCAUAAACCAAACUCGUGUAAAUCGAGAGUUACCUGUAUUAAUUAUAUUAUUUUGUGACUAAUAUAAUAAGUUGAUAUAUUUGUUGUUGACAGAUGAUUGAGAAGCCAACAAGAGAUACCUGCCAAGGAAUGCGGCACGCCAUCUAUGACAAACUAGACGAGGAUGGCAUCACCUCCCCAGGCAUGCGUGUGUCCGGAGAUGAUGUGAUCAUCGGCAAGACCAUCACGCUCCCAGAGAGUGAAGACGAGCUUGAGGGGCAGUCAAGGAGGUUCAGCAAAAGAGAUGCAAGCGUUUUUUUGAGAGGCUCAGAAACUGGUAUUGUAGACCAGGUAAUGCUGACAGUUAACAUGGAUGGCGAUCGCUUCACUAGAGUCCGAGUGAGGUCAGUUAGAAUACCACAGAUUGGUGACAAGUUUGCGUCACGUCAUGGCCAGAAGGGAACCUGUGGUAUUCAGUACCGGGUGGAGGACAUGCCAUAUACAGCUGAAGGCAUUACGCCCGACAUCAUCAUCAACCCUCAUGCCAUUCCAUCUCUAAUGCCUAUUGGUCACUUGAUUGAGGCACUGCAAGCGAAACUCGGCGCCAACAAGGGAGAGAUUGGUGAUGGCACACCUUUCAACGAUGCUGUCAAUGUGUCAAAAAUUUGCUAUCUGCUGCAGGAGUAUGGCUAUCACUUGAGAGGCAAUGAGAUCAUGUAUUGCGGCCACACGGGCAGAAAGAUGAAUACCCAGAUUUUCUUGACUCCUACAUACUAUCAAAGAUUGAAGCAUAUGGUGGACGACAAGAUUCAGUCUCGAGCCCGGGGACCAGUGCAGAUCCUCGUUAGACACCCCAUGAAGGGUCAUGAAAGGUAGGUGUGGGCCUGCCAAAGUUAGCUAUAAAAGAUAGUUUCCACACAUGAAGGGAUAUGUGGAAUGAUUUUUUGUACCCAGAUGCAUGCAUUUUUUAUGCCAAACUUGUCUUACUACAUUUCAUACAUUAACCCAGUAGCAGCGGGGAUCAUGUUUCUUAAUGGUCCCUCUAAGCAAGAAAAAUGAGAAAAAAAUCAUCACUCACACAAACCAUUUCAUAAUAUAUAUCAAAGCAUUUGUGAUCAGUUUAUGCGUCAUCUAUUUUGGGGGGUUCAUAUCAUGGCACAAAUUUGGCCCAUCGCUGCUACAUGGUAAAGCCACAAAUUUGGCCUGUUGCUGCUACCUGGUUAAAAGAAUAUCUUUAGCAGACAUGGGAUGAUAGUAAUAGUAAUAGAUAUCACUUUUAUUAUAUAAAGACUAGUCACUUCAUCAACUUUUUUCCUACAAUCAUUGGAUUACUUUUUACAUUCAGUAAGUUAUUUAUUUAUUUUUUUCCCUACUAUUUCUAUGUAUCUAUAUUUUUAUGCUGCCACAGCAGAAUGGUCUCUAGUUUUUCAUGUUGCAGCAUUUCCUCUCAUCAUAUUCAUUUCUUGACCUUUACACACACACAUUCACAUCACCACCCACCCAUCCAAAUCCCCCCAACCCACCCCCACACAGAUGCAUGCACACACACACACACACACACACACACACACACACACACACACUAUGAGAAGAUUUUUGUAGUCAGACUCAGCUAUGAAGUCCGUUUGUGCGGGGCCUGCUCAGGGAAUCCACUGGCCACACCUUUGCUAAACCUAGCCUUAUUAUCAGAGCUAUUGCCUCCACCUCCGUCACAUCGUAUAUGAGAUCUUUCUCCCAUCUGUGGAACACAUGAGAGUGAGUCGGAGGAGAUGCCAUUGCAAGUGGUGAUCAGGGAGGAAGUGACAGGAUGUCCUUGAUCACUGACAUCAUUGGAGAGCAACUUUGUCACUCGUUAUGGAAUAUAUACAAUUCACUGCUGUUAUCCUAAAAGCAACACAUUCAUAGCACUAUAUAUCAUUAUUUGAUGUAUAUAGAUUAUUUGAUAUGCAAACUCAAAGAGUAAAUAGCUGACUUAUGAGAGAGAGUGAUGUAUUGGGGGCAACGCAGCAGAGUUGGGGAGAGGCUGAAGCUGAGUGGUCGGUGUGCAAGUACAGCAUCCUGGAGGACACGGGUUCAUGUCCUCACCAAGUGGUAUGUGUGAAUACCAUCAGCUCUUUAAAGCAAGGAUAUAUACUUUUUCUUUUUUAAUGUAAACUUAUUAAUGCUACUGAAAAAUUCAACAUGUCUACUGACUACUCUACAGACACUCAGAUAUCAUUCAGGACAACUUGUUGGAGAGGGUUAGCCCACCCCAACGAUUCUUCCUUUUUCCAAUACUAUUACAAUCUUAUUACUAGUGACUUUAUACUAACUCUGACCUGAAAUGCAUUGAAAAAUUCAACAGACCUUAGUGCAAGUAAACAUGUAGGUACCGUAUUUCCUGCCACAUGAGAUGCACCAGAGUAUAAGACGCACCUAUAAUUUGGCAAGAUAUAUAAAAAUAAAAAAUAAAAA